AUUCAGGCCUACAUGCUGAGGGAAUGGGAUGAAACGUUCUGCCAGAGUCUAAUGAAAGGCAGACCCAGGUUUGAAGGCUGAACAGCUCCCACAUUGCUGUGUUAUUACAAUUCCACAUUGCAGUUAUUUAGCUAUCCGGCAGAGGGGGGUGUAGUGUCCUGCCAUGCUCAGACCUGCAGACACCAACAGUUUUUGUGGGUUUGGGUGGAACAGAAUGACUGCAUGGAGCUGUGGGUGUGGACUGUACACGUCUUAGCUGCUGAGUUCCUGGUUUUCAGUCUCUCUCCCUGUUUGUUUGUGACUGUUUUGCUGCAGUAACACAUCAGUGUCAGUGGAAUGUGGAAAUGCCUAAGAGUGUCCCAGGUAAAGAAGAGGUUAUCCGGCCGAGCUGAUUGAACUCCCAGCCUCGUACGGCCACAGACGGUGACCACAGGAGCUGAACAUGGAGGAGCAGGGAUCUCUGAGAAGGGUGAGCGGCUCCUCAGACUCCGUCUCCACACUCAACAGUGAGGAGUUCAUCCUCAUCCAGCAACCAGAGGAUUCGUCCUCCACCAGCGCAGAGAUCAGUGGUAACGGGAAUGCCCUGGAGGAGGCUCAGAAUGAUGCAGCGAGCACUGAGGGGGAGGUGGCAGUGACUGGGCAGCCUGUGGGGGAGAGACAGCAGCCCUCGGACUCCAACACCACCACAGGCGGAGAGGAGGUGAGGAGGAGCUCUGCGGCUGGGGAGGAGGAGAGUGUGCUGUUUAACAAGCUGAGUUACCUGGGGAGCAAGACAGUGAGCUCCCCCCGCAGCCAGACCCAGGCUCUGCAGGCCAUGGCCACACUGCGGGCCGAGGCCCAUGUCCUGCUCCAUGUCACUCUCUACGUGCCGAACAUCGCAGAGGGCUCCGUCAGAAUAAUAGACCAGGCUACAGAAACCGAGAUCGCUGCCUUUCCCAUAUAUAAAGUCUUGUUCUGUGUGCGAGGCCUGGAAGGAACUGCCGAAAGCGACUGCUUUGCAUUCACUGAACGUUGCUGGGGGUCAGAUCAUUUCCAGGUUCAUGUAUUCUGCUGUGAAAUCAAAGAAGCUGUCAGUCGAAUUCUCUAUAGCUUUUCCACUGCCUUCCUCCGAGCCUCCAAACCUUCUACAGAAAUAAAGGACACGUUCGUACUCGCUCCUGAAAAUGACAUGUACAACUUCACAGUGUGCCUCGAAAUCAAGGAGGACGAUGGGAAAGGCAACUUCAGUGCAGUGCCAAAGGACAGAGAGAAGCUGUACUUUAAAUUGCGACAGAGCGUUGAGAAGAAAGUGUUUAUCAAUGUGCAGCAGACAUCCAACAGAGAGCUGGCUGUGGAACGUUGCUUCGGGCUAUUGCUGGGUGCAGGGCGACAGGUGCGGAACAGCGACAUGUACCUACUGGAUAUGGAGUCCAUGGGAAUGAGUGCUGAUGGGAAGUGUUAUGUGAUCACCGGAGCCUGGGAUCCGAAUACGCCAGCUUUCCAGUCGCUGAACGAGGAGACUCCAAAAGACACCCGUGUGUACCUGACGGUGGCGGUGGAUCUGGUGAUUAAGGAGGUGGUGGAGCCGGUCCGCUUCCUGCUGGAGCCUGGGGUCCGCGUGUACCCCACCAAUGAGCGCUUCUGGUAUUUCAGCAGAAAAACUUUCAGCGAGGCCUUUGUGGUCCAACUCAGACAGUUGCAGAGCUCUGCAGAGCGAGUGGGGGCAGGCGAUGCCGUGUAUGAGGUGGUUUCACUGCAGAGACAGUGCGAGUGGGAUGAGCCCCCCACCUCCCCGGGGUGCACACAGACUCCACGCUGCUCACAGGACCUUGGUCAGGCACAAGAUGACAGUGACAGUGAAUUGUCCAGUGGCACUGGGGAUGUGUCCAUGGACUGCACAGAGAAUAUACUAGAGUCCUGGGGAGACUUACUGCACAGAUGGCACAGUAACCUGUCAGUCAGGCCGAAGGGGCUCUCAGUGCAGGUGAAGCACAGCAUCCCUGAGGCACUGCGAGCAGAGGUUUGGCAGCUGCUGGCGGGUUGUCAUGACAACCAAGCUAUGCUAGAGAAGUACCGGAUCCUGAUCACUAAGGAUUCUCCCCAGGAGUCCGUUAUUACCAGAGACAUAAACCGUACCUUCCCAACUCAUCAUCACUUCAAAGACACCAAUGGGGAUGGACAAGACUCGCUCUUCAAGAUCUGUAAGGCUUAUUCCAUCUAUGACAAGGAUAUCGGCUAUUGCCAGGGACAGUCCUUCCUCGCUGCCGUUCUGCUCUUACACAUGCCGGAGGAGCAGGCGUUCUGUGUGUUGGUGAAGAUAAUGUAUGAGUAUGGGCUCCGCAACCUCUACAGGAGCAAUUUUGAGGAUCUGCACUGCAAGUUCUACCAGCUGGAGAGGCUGCUGCAGGAGCUGCUGCCGGAGCUCUACAAUCACUUUGUGGAGCUGAGUCUGGAGGCACACAUGUACGCUUCUCAGUGGUUCCUCACCCUCUUCACUGCCAAGUUUCCGCUUUGUAUGGUCUUCCACAUCAUGGACCUGCUGCUAUGUGAGGGCAUCAGCAUCAUAUUCAACGUGGCGCUCGCUCUGUUGGAGACCACGAAGGAUGACUUGCUGCAAGCAGACUUUGAGGGGACGCUGAAGUUCUUCCGUGUGCAGCUGCCCAAGCGUUACCGGGCAGAAGAGAAUGCCAGGAGGCUGUUGGAACACGCUUGUAAUAUAAAGGUUCCCACCAAAAAGCUGAAGAAGUACGAGCGGGAAUACCAGGCCCUGCGAGAGCAGCAGGCACAGCAAGAAGAUCCCAUCGACAGAUACAAGCGAGAGAACCGGCGGCUGCAGGAAGCCAGCCUGCGCCUGGAGCAGGAGAACGAUGACUUGGCUCACGAGCUGGUGACGAGCAAGAUUGCCUUGCGCAGUGACCUGGACCAGGCUGAAGACAAAGCCGAUGUACUGAACAAGGAGCUACUACAGACAAAACAGCGACUCGUAGAGACUGAGGAUGAGAAAAGGAGAAAGGAGGAAGAGUCGGCACAAAUUAAGGAGGUUUUCCGCAGAGAAUUAGAAAAGGCUGAGAGUGAUGUCAAGAAAACCAGCGCCAUCAUCUCUGAGUACAAACAGAUCUGCUCCCAGUUGAGUUCACGGCUCGAGAAACAGCAGGCGGCGAGUAAAGAGGAGCUGGAACUGCUCAAGAAUAAGGUGCUGUGCUGUGAGCGUUGCUGUGAGCUGUUGCGGCCAGAUGGAGGACUGGGGGUCCGAGGCUCGGGGCCGGCGGGGGCAGGUACAGAGCGGUGUGUGGACGAGGAGAAGGAGCUACUGCAGAAGCAGCUGCGGGAGCUGGAACUGGAGCUGGCUCAGACCAAAUUGCAACUGGUGGAGGCCAAGUGUAAAAUCCAGGAGCUGGAGCACAGCCGAGGAGCUUUGCUGAAUGAAAUCCAGGCCGCUCGCAACUCGUGGCUCAGUAAAACUCUCAACUCCAUCAAGACAGUGACUGGCAGCCAGCCCCCACCCCCAGCCAAGGACAGCACAUAGUCACUGAGCCUGGCACCACACACAUAACAAGGCACACUGCCUGCCUGCAUCCACUGAUGCCCACGGUACCCACUCUUGCCCAUGUGUACUCAUUGUGCCCACAUACAUCCACUCUUACCCACUGGUGCCCACUCUCACACACACUCACCUGUAUUUGCCUUUGGUGCAUUUAAAUUCUUCAUUUAUUAUUUAAUCCAGUAUAAACUACUUGCUGAUAAUCUGUAUAUUGUACAGCAAACUAGGCAUAUUUUGUAAAAAAAAAAGUUUUUCAAUUCAAAUCGUUUCAACUGUCGUGAAUAGGAGCAUCGCCAGGUCAGCCUGGUUCACUGUGUCAUUGUGUCACUGUCUGUCACUGUGGGUCAGCCCGGCUCUCUGUG